AUGCCAUCAUUAGACCAUUUAAUCAAUAGAGCAACUGAUGCUACAUUAACUACUGAUAAUUAUCAAUAUAUUUUGGAUGUAUGUGAUAAGAUAUCUUCAGAUCCAGAACAAUCAACCAAACAAGCAAUCACUCUACUUUCAACAAGAUUAUCCUCAAAAGAUGCCAAUGUCAUACUUAGAUCAUUAUCAUUACUUGUUUCAAUUGCUGAAAAUUGUGGUUCUAGAAUGAAACAAGAAAUCGCCACUAAAUCAUUCUUACAAGAUAAUUUGAUUUCAAAAUUAUCUGAUAAGAAAUUACAUAUAACAGUUAAAUACAGAAUUGUUGAAGUUAUUGAACAAUUGUAUAACACAUUUAAAUCAGAUCCAAGUUUAAAACCAAUGACUGAUGCUUAUAAAAAAGCUAAAUCAAAUCAUAAACAAUAUUUUAAAUCAACUCAAGGACCUUCAAAACCAGCUAAACAUGAAAUAGAACCUAAAGACAAGAAAAGAGAAGAUGAUGAAUUACAAAGGGCACUUAAAUUAUCAUUACAAGAAUAUGAACGAGAACAAACUAUGAAGAAGAUAUAUCUUGAUAAUAAACCAUUACCAGAACAGAAAGAACAACAACAAGAACAAUCCCAAGAAAACCAACCUAAUCAAUCUCCACCAAAUGAACUACAAACAGUUGCAACAGUAUCAAAAGUUAGAGCAUUAUAUGAUUUGAUUUCCUAUGAAGAAGACGAAUUAUCAUUCCGUAAAGGUGACGUAAUCACAGUGAUUGAAUCAGUAUAUCGUGAUUGGUGGAGAGGGUCAUUACCCAAUGGUAAAAUAGGUAUAUUCCCUUUGAAUUAUGUAACUCCAAUAGUCAAUAAAUCAGCCAAAGAAAUCUCACAAGAACUUUCUACAGAAGAUAAUUUAAUUAAUGUUGAACAAAAAAAGAUUGAUAGAUUAUUGUCGAUAUUAUCUUCUCAAGAUACUCAAAGUAUUAAUGAAGAUGAAAUCACCGAAUUAUAUAAUCAAAUUAUUCCCUUGAGACCUCAAUUAGGAAAAAUUAUUGAGAAAUAUAACGUUAGAAAAGAAGAACUUUCGGUCUUGGAUAAUCAAUUAAAAACUGAAGUUAUGUCAUAUAACGAAUUGUUAGACAGACUGAUAUCUCAAAGAGCGACCCAAUCGGGGAUGUAUUUACAACAACAACAACAGACACAGCCAGUAUCACAAGUCCAGUCACAUUACACUCAACAACAGCAACAACUGGUUCCAUACCCCACUGGACCUGGCCAACCUGCGAAUUUCAUUCCUUCUGAUCCUUAUCAACAAGGUAACUUACAACAACAACCCACAAGUGCUGGAUUUGGUAACAGUGGAUAUAAUAGACCCUCUCAACCUUAUUAG